AUGAGCAAUAACAAUCAACCUAAUAAACAGGAUUCAUCAAAUAUUUCACCAAUGUUUACUAUUCCACCAUCAUCAAUGACUUCUAUACCACCUCCAUCAUCACCAGUUCCCUUUGCUACUUUCUAUCAAUCAUAUAUUCAAGCUGCCGCUAUGUAUGCAUCUCAUCAACAACAUCAACAACAAUUUUUUCAACAUAUAUUUUCUGUACCUCCUCCACCUUUACCUAAUUCAAAUGUUUCAACUGGAAAUCGACCAUCAUUACCUACAGAUAAUACACAAAGAAGAACAACAGAUGUAAGACAAAUAUCGACUUCAAAAAAUGAUUAUCAAGAUCGAAGACGAAAUUUUGUUUCUUCAUCAUCAUUACGUGAUAAUAAUAAUAAACAAAUAGGAAAUAAACGUUCAUAUAAUUUUGAUCAAUCAUCUCGUAAUGAUGAUCGAAAUAUUCCACGUCGUGAACAACCUGCAUCACCAGUAUCGAAAAGACAUCGAAUAAAUAACAGUAUAAUUGAAGAUGAAUAUCAUGAUUCAAGUUCUGAUGAAGAUAUAAAUGAUGUAUCUACAACGAAAAUUAAACCACAAUAUGUACGUACAUGUGUAUCUGAACUUUAUUAUCGACGUGAUGAACAAAAUUCUCGUUUAAUUCAUGCAACACAAAAAUUAAAAGAUCUUUGUGCAAAAUUUCGUUCUGAUCUUCUUUUUCAACGUGAAAUAUUUCGUAAAGAAAAUAAGAUUUUUGAUGAACCUGAUCAUUCAUAUAUGUUUCAUAAAGCAAAACAAAUUGGUUCUAAUAUAAAAUCUAAUAAAUCUCAAAUAAAAUCUAAAGAUACAUCAAGUGAAAGUGGAGAAGAAGAAGAUGAUGAUGAUGAUGAUGAAGAAGAGGGUGAAGAAGAAGGUGAAGCAACAGCAGCAAGUUUAGCCAGUGAUAAUUUACUUACAUUAGAAAUUGAACGUAAACAACAAGUAUCUAAUCGUUUACAUCCAGAACUUUGGUUUAAUGAAUAUAAACAGGGUAAUGAUGGUCCUGUAUGUCGAUGCAGUAAUGAUGAUCGUAAAUUUGGUAUUCGUCAUCAAAUGUUUUAUGGUGAAAAGCCAAUAAUACCAUGUGAAAAAUGGAAUAAUAAUGCUGGUCGAUUGUUUCAUUAUCGUAUUACUUUAACACCGGAAACAAAUUUUAUUUUAAAAGAACCAACAGUGAUAACUUAUGAUGAUCAUGAUUAUAUAUUCGAAGGUUUUUCUGUUCUUUCUCAUGUAUCAUUAGCUAAUGUGAAUGAUUGUAUUGUUGUUUAUCAUAAUAUUGAUUAUGCAAUUGGUUUAGAAGAAGAAUCUCCAUUAGAACAUUAUACAAUCGAAGAACUUGAUCUUCUUCAACAAUAUCUUCUUAUUGAUGUUUGUGAAUUAUAUGAUAUUCAAUGGCGGCCAUUAAAUAAUAAUAAUGAUAUAUCAACUUGUACAUGUUAUCAUUUUUUUCCUCGUUUUGCACGUAUUUUACCUGAUAAUGGAAAAGAAUUACUUCAUCCAGCUGAACAAAUACAAUAUUUUCUUAAACAUCUUAAACCUUUAAUGCCUAAUGAUUUAUAUUCACGUUGUAAAUCAAUGUCUGUUGAUGCAUGGGAUAAAUAUGUAUCGAAAGUACAAGGUUCAAUUGUUUGGUUUCCAAAACAUCGUCCAGGUGCUAUUAGACUCGAUCAACUCGAUCGAGAAAAUAGUUCUUAUCCAGUUAUUGUUCAUUUUGGUAUUCGUCCUGCUGUUUUAUCCAUUCAAUAUAAUCAAGAAUAUCGUCAAGCAUAUAAAUCUUAUUUAAAAGUAUUUUUUCUUUUAAAAAAUCGUACACCAACUGAAGAAGAUAAAGCAAAUUUACGUGAUAAAGAACAACGUUUAAAACAAAUUGUUGCUAAACAUGCUGAACAAUUAAAACGUGAAAUUGUUGUAGAAAUAUCAUCUGAAUAUGCAUAUCGUACUGGUUUUAAAUCUGAUAUAAUUCAACGUUCAUUAUUAUUAUCAUCAUUACAUGAUCAUUUACGUUUUCAUCAAUCAUUAACUGAAUUAGAAAAUCAAUUAGUUGGAUAUCAAUUUCAUAAUCGUUGGUUAAUGCAAUUAGCAUUAACACAUCCAAGUGGAAAUUAUGUUUUACAUAAUAAUCUUGGUCCAAAUCCAGAUCAUGUUAAAAAUACUUUAGCAAAUUGUCGAAUACGAAAUACAGUUUAUGGUGAUCGAAAACAAUUAUUUCGACCAAUAACUAAACGAGGAGUAUCCACAUUAUUUAAAAUAAUGGCUAAAAAAGCUAAAACAUGUGAACAUAUAUCAGAAAUAACAAAUUAUGAACGAUUAGAAUUUCUUGGUGAUGCUUUAUUAGAAUUUCUUGUAUCAAUACAUUUAUUUUUUUUAUUUCCACAAUUUGAUGAAGGUCGUUUAUCAACAUUUCGUGUUGGAUUAAUUCAAAAUCAUUUUUUUACAUCAUUAGCACGAAAUCUUUGUUUACAACAUUUUAUUAUUUAUAAUCAUGGACCAGAUUUAUGUUCACAUUCUGCACUUAAUCAUGCAUUAGCAAAUUCAUUUGAAGCAUUAAUGGGUGCAAUUUAUCUUGAUGGUGGAUUGGCUAUUGUUGAUAAAAUUUUAUCGAAAAUUCUUUUUUAUCAAGAUAAACAGUUAAGUUAUAUAUGGGAUAAUUUACAAGAAUAUCCAUUAAAAGUUCAAUAUCCAAUUAGUGAUCGUCAUUUAAUUGAACAAGUACCUUUAUUAAAACAAUUAACUAAAUUUGAACAAGAUAUUGGAUUAGAAUUUCAACAUAUUCGAAUGUUAGCACAAGCUUUUUGUACAAGACCAAUACCACAAAAUGAUUUAACUAUUGAAGAUAAUGAAAGAUUAGAAUUUCUUGGUGAUACUGUACUCAAUUUUGUUGUAAGUGAUUAUUUAUAUCGUCAUUUUCCUGAACAUCAUGAAGGUCAUUUAUCAUUACUUCGUUCAUGUACUGUUUCUAAUCCAACACAAGCUGUGAUCUAUGAUGAAUUAGGUAUGCAAGAAUAUGUAGAUUAUGUUCGUGAACAACUUCGUAUAACAACACCAAAAUUAAUUGAAAAAUCUUUAAAAGCUAAAGCAGAUGUAUUUGAAGCAUUUAUAGCUGCUUUAUUUAUUGAUCAAGGUUUAGAAUCAAUUUAUGCAUUUUGUCGUGCAACUAUAUUUCCACGUUUACAAGAUUUUAUAUCAACACAACAUUGGAAUGAUCCAAAAUCAAAUUUACAACAUUGUUGUUUAGCAUUACGUGAUCCAAAUGAUCGUAAUCCACCAUUACCUGAAUAUCGAGUUUUAAAAUCUAUUGGAUCAUCAAAUAAUGUUCAAUAUAAAGUUGGUGUUUUUUUUCGUAAACAACGUUUAUCUGUUGGUGUUGGACGAUCAAUUCAUGAUGCUGAAAUGGCUGCUGCAAAAAAUGCAUUGGAACAACAUGCACAAAUGUUUCCAUUAUUAAAUUAUCAAAAAUCAGUUUUAGCUUCGUCAAAUCAUUAUUAUAAUUCGAGACGUAGACUAACAACAACAACAAUAUCAACAAAAACAGGUAAUAAAAAUGAGAAUAAUCGACAACAACCAUUUUCAUUACGAAAUGUUAAAACAAGAGGUAAUGUUUCAUCAAUGAUUAUUACAUCGGCAAAAGUCACAAGUUAG